AUGGCUCCGGCGGGGUAUGGGUCAGAUCGGGUAAGGGUGUACCCGGGUAAAUCUCACAUCUUCAACAUAAUUCCCAGCAACACUGGAGCUGUUAAGGCUCUAGGAAAAGUUCUUCCAUCGCUAAAUGGUAAAUUCACUGGAAUGUCUUUUCGAGGUCCUACUGUGGAUGUUUCAGUUGUUGACCUCACUGUCAGGCUGGAGAAGGCUGCAACCUAUGACCAGAUCAAAGUUGCUAUCAAGGAGGAAUUAGAGGGCAAAUUGAAGGGGAUUUUGGGUUACACUGAAGAUGAUGUGGUGUCUACUGCCUUUGUUGGCGAUAGCAGGUCUAGCAUAUUUGAUGCUAAGGCCGGAAUUUCAUUGAACAGCAACUUCGUGAAACUUGUUUCGUGGUAUGACAACGAAUGGGGUUACAGCACCUGUGUUGUUGAUUUGAUUGUCCAUAAUGAAUCUGUGGCAUGA